GUGCGCGUAUUUCCUGACUGAGGAGAGCAAAGAUGGUUUAUUGGAGAGACUUUGACGCGUCCGUUCAGGGAAUUUUUUUUUUUUUAAUUUGACAGGAUUGCUGCAGAAAGCGAGUCGCGUCGAAAGUCAAACCGAGUAUCGGGAGAUGUUUGAGUAGUUUUUUGAGGUAAUUUUUGAGGUAAUUUUGUGAUUUUACUGCGUGUUUUGUUUGGGAAAAUGUUUGGACAUGGCAGCUUGGUGGUUUUGGUCGGGUCGCGAGACACUUUUAUUGAGGGUUGUUAGCUAGCGAGCUAGCCGAGACUGUGUGUGUUUUUAAAGCUGAAAGACUUUGCACUGAAACGGUGAAAACUUGGAUAUUAAGACUUCAGAAAUCUCAAACACAAGUCAAAGCUUUAUUUGGACGCCGUACACUGAAGGUUUGGUUUAGUGUCGACGAUAAAAAUGCAGUUUUUGGUGGUUAAAAUGCGGUUUGGACGGUAAAUCCUGUCGCCUCACGGUGUUUGGGAUUUUUUUUCCUCUUUUUUUUUUGGACUGGAGAUGAAGAUAUGGAUUUACUCGUGUGGAAACCUUCUUCAAACUAGAUCCGAAUCAUUUCAUUUCAUUUGCGUGUAACGUUUACUUACUUCUGGACCCCAUCCUAUCAGUUGUUGGUAUUAAUUCUGAAACUGGAGAUCAUGACAAACAUUUAUUUAUGAACUUGUAACUUGAGAAGUGACAGCUCACAGAAUCAGGCUUCCAGUGAAAGAAAAAAAAAGGCACAAAAAUGUUGUGAUGUUUAAAAAGGUGUUUUUGUGAGGAGAAAAUGUUCCUCAUGGAGGAUUGGAUGCUGUCAAUGUUGGACUGACCUGACUGAUUCGUAUCCACGUGUACUUCUUUUUAAAGAUAUUUUCUCCUCCAAAAAUCUAAUUGAUCUGGAAAGGAAGCAAAAUCCAGUCAUGUUGUCUCUUUGCUGACACACACACACACAAGAUGGACUGUAUUGUAUCGCACAGUGGAUCUGAUGUGAAGCUGAAGAUGCUUUCAUGAAGACGUUGAGGGUGCACAAACAUUUGAAAGAAAGAAGACACUCAAGACAAGAGACCCAUCGGUGCAUGAUUUAUCUCGGAUUUUAUUCUGAACUGAAGGACUGAAGAUGGGAUCUGCGACGAAACUUGCGUUCGCUGUUUUCCUCAUCUCCUGCUCAUCAGGGGCGAUCCUGGGCCGAUCAGAAACGAGAGAGUGCAUGUUCUACAACUCCAACUGGGAGAAAGACCGGACGAACCGCAGUGGAAUCGAGCCGUGUGCCGGAGAGAAAGACAAGCGCCGUCACUGUUUCUCCACAUGGAAGAACAGCUCGGGAACCAUCGAGCUCGUCAAACAGGGCUGCUGGCUCGACGACGUCAACUGCUACGACAGUAGUGAGUGUGUGGAGAGGAAGGACAACCCAGAAGUGUUUUUCUGCUGCUGUGAGGGCAACAUGUGCAACGAGAAGAUUUACUACAGCCCUGAAGCUAUACCGACCACAUUGAACCCGCUGACGCCGAAGCCGGAGCUGUUCAACACGCUGCUCUACUCUCUGGUGCCAAUCAUGGGUAUUGCUGCCAUCCUGCUGUUCUCCUUCUGGAUGUACCACCACCACAAACUGGCAUACCCGCCCGUACUCGUCCCCACACAGGACCCUGGGUUGACUCCGCCCUCUCCGCUCCUGGGCCAGAAGCCACUGCAGUUGCUGGAGAUCAAGGCCAGGGGGCGAUUUGGCUGCGUGUGGAAGGCACAGCUGCUCAAUGAACACGUGGCUGUGAAGAUCUUCCCCAUCCAGAAUAAGCAGUCCUGGCAGAACGAGUAUGAGAUGUACAGCUUGAGUGGGAUGAAACAUGAGAACAUCCUCAGUUUCAUCGGAGCUGAGAAGAGAGGAAACGGCAUGGACAUCGAGCUCUGGCUCAUUACAGCUUACCAUGAGAAGGGCUCGCUGACUGAUUAUCUGAAGGCGAACGUGGUGUCGUGGAAUGAACUGUGUCACAUCGCUCAGACUUUGGCGCGAGGUUUGGCAUACCUGCAUGAGGACAUCCCGGGGCUGAAGGAUGGCCACAAGCCUGUUGUCGCACACAGGGAUAUUAAAAGUAAGAACAUACUGCUGAAGAAUAAUCUCACGGCCUGCAUUGCUGAUUUUGGCCUCGCUCUCAAGUUUGAGGCGGGAAAAUCUGCAGGUGACACACACGGACAGGUGGGAACUCGGCGCUACAUGGCUCCAGAGGUGUUGGAAGGAGCCAUUAAUUUCCAGCGAGACGCCUUCCUGAGGAUUGAUAUGUACGCUGCAGGACUUGUGCUUUGGGAACUGGCGUCCCGCUGCACUGCUGCCGACGGUCCGGUGGAUGAGUAUGCCUUGCCGUUUGAGGAGGAGGUGGGGCAGCAUCCCUCGUUAGAGGACAUGCAGGAAGUCGUCGUACACAAGAAACUCAGACCCGUGUUAAGAGAAUACUGGCAGAAACACGCGGGCCUGGCCACGCUGUGCGAGACCAUAGAGGAGUGCUGGGAUCACGAAGCUGAGGCUCGCCUCUCGGCCGGCUGCGUGGAGGAGCGCAUCAUCACUAUGCAGCGACAGACCAACCUCAUCGCCCCCGACGACAUCCUCACCGUCGUCACGAUGGUGACCAACCUGGACUACCCGCCCAAAGAGUCCAGCCUAUGAUGCAGCACCUCAUCAGCCAAUCAGAAUGAAAGGGUGGGAUGAGGUAGAGCCCGGGGUGCAACAAGCAUCUCCUGCUCCAGGUGCAAGUGUGUGCGUGAGACAUUUUCAUCCUUACAGACUCCUGGAGUGAAUGAAAGACACGAAAACUGAUCUCUCACACGUGCGCAUGCGCGCGCACACAAAGGACCUUCAGAUGGAAGGCUCAAAAGAACGGAAAUCGCCGUUUGCACCAAAAGUGUUUGUUUUUUCCACAAACGGAAAACUUCCGUGUUUUUUUUUUUUUUAAACGAGAGUGAAGACUUUUAACAAAAAAAAAAAAAAAUACAGUUUGGUUUUAGUAUGAAAAGGGCAACACUCGUAUAGACUGCAAUUGCUUUUUUUCCUCCUCGUGUGAGUUCUUAUGAAUCAUUAUUGUAACGCCAAUAAGAAAGCGCUUCUGAAUGUCCAGUACUACUGCACACACACACACACACACACAGUAAACGCGUCGUACACAGCUAUACACAAGUCACGGGGGCUCCUUCAUUCUGGGUUCCCAUAAACAAAAGCAACGCUUCAUUUUCUAUGCAACAAGUGACAUUUAAAUUGAGAUUUUCUCCAAUUUAUGCAAAUCAGUUCGGGCAACAAAUGAAAACGAUCGGCUUUCACGAUUUUCCCAUGAAUUUUCGUACCGACAGUGCAACUCGAAGUAGAGAAUUUGUUUUGAGGCACUGAAAAGUACACGCUGAGCUAUUUUACGUCAAAUUAGCUGAAGUGAAAUGUUUUGAAAUUCAAGCGUCAACUCCAUACACUGUCUCUCUCCAAAGCCACACCCCCAAGUUCCUGUGAGGUGUUCCUUGACUGAUGCAUUCUGGGAAAUCUAAGGUGAAUCUGAACAGAAUAUCCAAAUCCUAAUGAUCCAUGUUUAAAUAUCUGAGUUUUGGUUCAUCAGGUGAUUCAGCACAUCCCAUGACACUAGAACACACACACACAGCAUUUCUGCCUUUCCACAUUGGCUUUAUUUCUUUAUCUGCUGCAUUCAGAGCAUUUUUUUUAUUUUUUUGUCAAGUCUGAGUGUGCUGUGAAGGGUAAACCAGGUUGGAUUGUGGGUAAAAUCUGUGCUUUAGUCUUUUAAAGUCUCAAGGAUGGGGCGAUUGAGUCACUUUGCAGUGUGUUGCUGGUUUUAGAGGGAUGUUAAAAAGAUUAUCUUUUACACUUUUUUUUAAAAAUUUGAUUUUCUCUUCCAUCUGUUUUUAAAAGCAAAGGUGCAUUUUUCUUUCUCGCACGCACGCAGCUCAGCUGCUCUGGUUUUCAUGAUGCACCUCAGGUAACCUCUUGGUAUUUCUCCUCCUCUCUCCCUCUGCUCAUUCUGGUGCCAUCGAACCAAUCGUCUGGCUCUCUUGAUUCAUUCUUCAUUUUCUACACAUGAAGGUUGUGCAUAUUUCUUAUGACACUAAACCUUUCGGUCGCUCUCCAUAUGGAAAAACAUCAUCAGUAUUCAGGGAUUCAGCACUAUGCGUUUGUAAAAUUUACAGCUCUUAUGCAAUCAUGCCAGGUGCAACAGCAACUUCUGUAACUGUAGCAUUAUUCUUUUUUUUUUUUUUCCCUCCAAAACUCUGGCUGCUUUUCUCUUAUUUAUUUUCAUGCCAUGGUGGGUGCCAAUACUUUAAAAAAAAAAUGUAUGCUAAGUACAUACACAACUGAUCUCCACAUGAUGACAAACAUGCAGAAACACUGAACCAUGUACACACAACUGUUUCAUCACACCAUGUACGGUAUUUCAGAGGAAAGGGUGAUUUAGUGCUGUAACGUGUGAGUGUUUUUGUAACCUGUUUGAGGAGCGACAGCAGUGUAUAGAUGUUAUCGUGCUGUGAAAUUACAGAAAACACACCUUAGCUGCGUAGGCUGCUCAUCAAUACGGAGGAGGAGGAGUGUUUUUAGGGACGGAGUUAAGCUCCAAGUGUGUAACAGCCACGCCUGCCCGUUUUUAAUGACCGUGGCCGAGCGGCGCGGCGCUGCGCAGGCCUCCUGAAGCUGCACAUAGCUGUAAAUACAGUGUGAAUGUCAUAUGUUGUAGAUUACCAGUAUAGCAUGAAGUUGUUUUAUUUUCAAAGGUAAUCACGAGGCAAAAAAAAAAAAAAGUACCUAUUCAAUAGUCAAAUGUUACAGUUUUUAUAUAUAACUAGAUUUGGGUCGUAUUAAUUUAUGUCAAGCCCUGAAAAAUGUCACUUCAAACCCUGCUGUGAAUCCUGGGGUUUACUUUGUUUAUAUUUUGCUUUGGGUGCGUGUCUCAUGUGCGCACACACACACACACACAGCCCUCCAUGGUUAUCGGUGCCCCUUGUAAAGGUAAUGGAAAAAAAACCCACCUGUUGAAGUCCCUUCAUUUCAAAUGAAAAACAAAUCCCUCGUCAAGAAAACACGCGUGCCAUUAUUCCCGGCACCCCUGUAUUUCCCUUUGUCAGUAAAACAUCCCCGAGUCUCUCCUAUAACAUUUUUAUAAGGUUGGAGAUGCAGAGCAGAGCAUCUGAGACAGUUCCUCUUUACGCAAUCUCUCCAGAUCAUCCAGGGUCCUCUCUCCUCUUCAGCUUUUCCCUGGGGUUCAGCUCAGGGGACGGAGACGGCCAGAGCAGAAGCUUCAUGCUGGGCUCAGUGAACCAUCUUUGUGUCGAUUUUAACAUCGGAUGGUCGUCCUGCUGGAAGAUCCAAUGACAACCCGGUUUUAGUUUCCUGGCAGAAGCAGCCAGAUUCUGAUUUAAAACGUCCUGGUAUUUCAUGGAGUCCAUGAUGCUGUGACCCGUAACCAGGUUUCCAGGUUCUGUGGAGGAAAAACAGCCCCAAAACAAACCUCACAGAACCUCCACCAUAUCUUAGAGUUGGGAUCAGGUUCUGUUUAUAAAGCCCCGUCUACACGAUCAUACGUUCGUCCAAAACAUUAUCAUACAAAUGUAUUAUGAUGAUCAAGUUUGUAUGAUCAUGUUGUGGUUUUCUGUCCACACGAUCAUACAUUUUGUAUGUCACAUGACCCGAAUUAACAAUCUGAUUGGUGGAUGACCCAAAAUGUUGUAAGAUGCUGUGAACAUUUGUUGGAAAGUAGAAACACGAUUCUAAAAAUUUGAACGUCAUACAAGUAUGACGUUGUUCAAGUUUGUUGGGAAAACCGUCCACACGAUUAUACAUUUGUCCAUGAACAUGUCCAUGGACAAAUGUAUGAUCGUGUAGACGGGGCUUUAUAGCAGUCUUUCUUUUUACACCAAACCCAACACAAGUGUUUAUUGCCAAAAAGCCCCAAUUUUGGGACAUCAGAGCAGAGAACAGUUCCAGUCCAAGUUGUAGCAUUUUCACAAACUUCAGGCGCUUAUGUUUGUAGUUUACAGACAGAAAAGGCUUUUGUUCUGGCACCUUCCAAAUAAUCUGUUGGCAUGGACAUGGAGUCUGAUGGUGGUUUUUCUUAUUCACCCACAGUGAUCCUUGGGGAUACAUUUUUUUCUUGGCCUCUCUUACCGUCCUCUUCACUAUCCAUUGGGACAAAAUAAACUUGGGCCCUCUUCCAGACAAGUUUGUAACAGUUCCAGUUGGUGUCUGCUUUUUAUUAUUGUUGCCGUAUUCUAACAGUCGAAAUAGACCUUCACUCGAGUAGCUCUCCCCCCACCACCACCAUUCCCUGAUGUAUGAAGUUCAACACACAACUUCUCUCUCAUUUGGUUUGUGUGUUCGCUUAUCUUUCGCAUGCUGAUGGACGACUAAAGGAAUUUGGUCUCUGUGUCACCUCAUAUUUGUUCCCCAGUUAACCAGGAAGUCAUGGAUUACAGCUUGAAAGUUCUUACACACUCCAAUCAACUCAAAAAUACCAGACAACAGGGAAAAUGGGAAAGCACGAUUGUGUUCACUAUCCUUUCCAGGGGUGCCAAUAAUCGUGGCACAAGUGGUUUUGUUGAAAAUAAAUAUUUCUUGAGGAAUUUGUUCUACUCUGAAUAAAUGUUUUUCAGUGUGAGAUGAAGCGGCUUCACCAAACGGUAGAUUUUUUUUUUCUAACCCUUUUUACUGAUUGUUACAAGGGGUGCCAAUAAUAUUAAUAAUAACAACGGAGGGCAGUGUGACCUAUAUUUCUCAACUCCAAUAUGAAAAAGUGGACUACAUCCAAAAUGGCUCGACUGCACUUGACAGGAUAUGAGCUUAUAUUUUAUUCUGUGUUGUUCACUAUAGGGUUGCACAAUAUGCACAGAAACUGAAUAAACAGCGAAGGGUUGGCGUUUAAAGGUGCAUGUUGUCAUGUUUUAGCAUUGCUCGAUCUGAAAUAAUCACUUUAUUUUCAAGUUGGAGCUUGGAAAUCUCCAAGUUAUUCCAAGGCAUGACUUCUGCCUCCAGUGAGCUCUGAGCUCGACUCUUUUCAUUCUUCUCAAAACAGAACCCACAACGUGGGCGUGUCCGGUUCAGAUGUCCCAGCAUUUCUAACAAGGAACCGAGUUUGCCCACAAGAACAAGUGUGCAGAAGCACCGCUACCUGACGCAAAUUCAUCUUUCCCUUUGAGUGAACUGGCAUUUCAGUCAGGAAAAUUUUGUUUGCAUUUGGGCGGACUGCUGUUUUAAGAAAGCGCCGUCGUACCGUAGCCCCCGAUUUCAGAGGUGGUUGGAAAAAGAAGGCGGCUUGAUGUUUUCAUUGUCAUGGUAAUUCACUUUUCAGGCAGCAGAGGGCUCUAAUCUGACAAAACUGUACCUUUUUAACUUGACCAGUUUUCACAAAAACGCCUCCGGAAAGUUUCUGUGCUCAGAAUGUUCACCAGACAUGAUGGUUAACGGUUCGAGAGCUUGUAUGCAUUUUGCAAUAAUGAUUUAAAGAAAAAGCAUUAUAUUGUGCAGCCCUUUAGUGCAGUAUACGGUACGCACGUUACCGUAUAGCGUCUCCGUGCUCCAGCCACGUGGUCCAGGUUCAUGUGAGGAAUUGGUGAAGGCAACGAAUCUGAUCCUGGGUUCAAGAUGUAGGAGAUCAGAUUGUGAGCUCUGCCAGGAGAUUAGCCAGCAGUGUUUUUAUUUUCUAAACCCAAAUGCAUUACCUCUGUGGCGGAGCCCGUCUCUCUCUCUCUUUUUCUCUCCCGCUGCAGAGUCUCAGCUUCUGAUCUGGGAACAGGCCUUGAAGGAGUGCUUGUUAAAUACUGUACAGCUGAAAUGUAUGCUCUUCCCUUCAAUAAAGUGACUGCUCUGUUCAA